UUCCCUGCCUUCUUCCCUUCGUCCACUGCGAUUCUUCUUGCGAUUUUAAAUCCACCGGCCUUGACCUCGUCGUCACGGGAUCUCUCGUUUCCGUCACCAGAGAUUCUGAGGGAUCAUCGUUAUUCAAGUCGCAUCAAUCGUCGAUUUUCGCCCUUAUUUCUUGUGUUUAUGUGAGGCGACGUCAAAGAUCCAUUUCUUUUUUCUCCUUCAUUUCUUUUGAUUUCCCUUCAAAUUGCUCAAAUUUACGGAAAAAUUAGAUUUUUUUCACAGUCUCCUGUUCGGUAGAUGUCUUUCGAGGUUAACUGAAGCCUCCUUGAUUGCUUACCGAAUGCGAUAAUGAAAAAUCAGUCAUUUGGAUCAGGAAGUCCAGUAUCGUUUCAUCCUUACACCAGAGGUGAGUUCGAUUUGGAGUCGGGGAACUCCUGGAAGAGUUUGCGUAAACCCAAGAAUCCUCCUUUUGUCGAUCCCAUCAGGAUGAUUAAGUCUGUCUCAAAUCGCAUUCGCUACUUCUACAAGCUUCACCCCGUUGCAGUCUUUCUUUCCUCCUUGGUCUUUGGUGUCACUGUUCUGGUAGUGCUUUCUUUGUAUGAAAGGAAAUUUCAAAUAGUGGGUUUCCGGAGAAGUGAUGACCUGGCUUUGAGCUCAGGCUCUUAUCCAUUUCCAAAUCUUCACAAUCUCGUGAUGGUUGCUGGACAUUCAAUUUACACGAGCACCAGAUGUGGUAAGUUUGACAAUGAAGAUUCUUGGUACCUAGAGCCCUAUCAGAAGAACCCGGGGCAGGCUGCUACAUUCUUAGCACACAUACAAGUGGGUGUUGAGAGUGCAGCAAAGGAUGAGGGAGCACUUCUUCUAUUUAGUGGUGGGGAAACCCGAAAGGAUGGUGGCCCUCGCAGUGAAGCACAGAGUUAUUGGUUUGUUGCAGAGUCUGAAGGCUGGUUUGGACACACAGAUAGUAUCAGGAGUAGAGCGCUCACAGAGGAGCAUGCACGGGAUAGCUUUGAGAACCUUCUUUUUAGUGUUUGUCGCUUUCGUGAGCUGACAGGCUCUUACCCUCGGAAUAUUACUGUCAUAAGCUAUGAUUUCAAGAGAGAAAGAUUUGCACAGUUGCACCGGCCAGCGAUAGGCUUUCCCGAAGGGAGUUUCUUCUAUAUCGGUACACCUGCCACUCCAGGUGCACAGGAGGCUGCGGAGAAAGGUGAAGCUCUCGCAAUGGCUCAGUUUCAGGAAGACCCAUACGGAUGUUUUGGUACACUUCACAGGAAGAGACUAACCCGAGAUCCUUUUCACCGGUUCGUUCCUUACCCCAACGGAUGCCCUGAAUUAAAAGGUUUGUUCAGCUACUGUGGUCCAGCUCCAUUUCCGGGGUGGCUUCCCUGGACCAGGUAGUUUCAUUACUCGACAUCGUGUUGCUAUCCUUUUCAAUGGAGAUAAAACAACACAAAUCUUAAGUUCUAGAUUGAUUGAAGCA